UCCACACCGAAUUCUACUGAUUUAUUAAAUCCUGCUGUGGUUAGAUAACCUGCAGCCAAACAAUCCCCGCAGUUGGACAACGGCGGCUGAGAAUUCCUCUUCGUUCUGCCGGGUCUGAAGAUGGAAGAUGGCGGAUAACACCGACUCUCUCCCAUUUGCAAAUUUUUGCUUUAGCUAGGGUUCUGCUCAUUUGCGCGAAGAGAAUCCCGAUGGAGAAGCAGACAUCCGACAAAAACUCUUACCCCCAGGGCCCAGCACCGGCACAACAGCUCUCGCCUCAGGACUGGGAAACCCUAAUCGAUGACUUCCAGUCUGGCAUUCCCUCUCGCCGCAUCCGAUGGCUUCCCUUCCCUCUCCUCGAUUUCACCCUCAGCUCCCUGUUCCGCAAGGACAUUCCAAUAUCCCUCAAACCCCAACUCCUACUCUUCCUCGAAGAUUCAUUUGACCUCCUCUUCCGCCCCUCUCCUUCUUCCUCUUUCCACCUUCUCCUAGAUUCUCUCCGCUCCCUCCUCAUCCAAUACCCUGGCGAAUUCUCUCUUAAAGAACAAGCUAUGAUAUCGACUACCUCGAUAGCAAUCGCUACACUCGACUCCCCCUCCCCUCAUCUUAUCGACCCUCUCAUUGAGCUCCUUCUCUCCGUUGCGAACCGCCCAAACCACGGCCCGGACCGCUACAUGCGCUCUGUUGCUUGCGAGUGCCUUCGCGAGCUCGAGCUCGCCUACCCACUUCUCCUCUCAGAUGCCGUUGGCCAUCUCUGGUUCCUUGCGCAGACCGAGAGAACCCAUGCUGCACAGUCAUACGCACUCCUACUAGCUACGGCCGUUGCUUCCAUUGCCCGUCAUGGGCUCCUUUCAUCGCCCUCCUCCAUUCUUUCCACUUCCGUUAUUCUUGUCCCCUUCAACUCACCCAGCGCUGUUAUAUCUCCCAGCGUUUUCUCUGAACCCACUGAUGUCAACCUUCGCGAGCUCCGGCGGAUAGUCGCCUUCCUCCUUGAGAGGCCGCAGGCUCUGAACCCAUGCGCAACCAUGGAACUGGUCUCAGUCCUGGUCAGCAUCGUGGGUGCACUUGAGCGCCACAUGCCUGCAGUGGCUGCACUUCUGAAGGUGCAGUUCUCUUGCCUGCUUUACUGCUAUGACCCCAUCCUUUGCCAUAUUGUUCUCAUGCUGUAUUCACGAUUCUCAGAUGCGUUUUCAGGGGAUGACGAGUUGGGCAUUUUUCGUCGCCUCGCUCAUACCCCCAAUGAAACCCAACAAUCGCUUGUCUUCAGGCUACUCGCCAUUCAUUGGCUUUUGGGAUCAUCCCAACUUGCUCAUGAGAAGGGCUUUCUUUCCUCCUUGGCUCAGUGUCUCUAUCCAUUAGUUUUUGAUCCUCUUGCUCUGAAAGCUGCAAAACUAGAUGCCCUCGCUGUUGUUGCUGCCCAUACUGGUCAUUUUCAAAGUGAGAAGGAUACAGCAAACCAUGAGAGGAAGAAAGCGGGGAGUGCUACAGUCGUCAAGCUAUUUUAUGACGGAUUAGUUUGUGUUUCAGCAUUCAAAUGGCUGCCUCCAUGGAGUACAGAAACCUCCGUGGCCUUCCGGUCUUUCCAUAAGUUUCUAAUUGGAGUUUCCCCACACUAUGUUAGUGGCCUGCCUGAUGAUGAGUUACACGCAGUUUUUGAUUCUUCCAUCUUCCAAAACCUGCAGGAUAUGCUGGUGGAGCUGGCAUCAACGCACCGUGGCUUGGUUCCAGUGAUCGCCUUUUUUGUUGAUCGUCUAAUGGGGUGCAAUGGUCAUCAACUAGUUGGAGAGCGUCUACUUCAGACGCUGGAUGAAAAAUUGCUUCCAAAGCUUUACAAUGGUUUUCUGCUGGGUUCAUACUUUCCAAUAUUUGAAAGGAUUGCAAGGAAUGAUACAAUACCGCCUGGUGGUUUAUUGCAGCUGCUCACAAAGUAUAUGCUUUAUCUCACUGUGAAUCAUGGCUCAGAGAGUGGCUUAAGAUCAUGGUCCCAGGGAAGUAAAGUUUUGGGCAUUUGUAGGGCAAUGUUAGUGCAUCAUCGCAGCUCACGUGUUUUUCUUAGUUUGUCUCAUCUCCUUUCCUCCGCCAGUCAAUCCUUUCCCGAUCUGGAAGUUCGGGACAGUGCAAGGAUCUGCCUGAGGAUGCUUUUAUGCAUCCCGGGAAAAAAGCUCAAGACAAUAAUAAAUUUUGGAGGGAAGCUUCCCGGGGUGUCACCGUCCACUCAUCCAGCCUCACUUUUCCAAAUUCCUUUGCCACGACAUCCACAGGAUGCUAACAAACAGUCUAGUAUUUCUGCGUUUAUCCAUCUAGAAAGGGCAAUUUCGCCUCUUGUUAAGCAGUCAUGGUCAUUAACUCUUCCUAGCAUAGAAACCGGGAAAAGUGAGACUAGUUACUCUAAGGAGAUCAAUGACGUUUUAACUCCCUCCACUGCACCUGAUUGUGAGGUUGAUGUAUCUAUAGAUAGGAUCAGUUUACAAGAAGAGGCUCUUAGAGUAAUAGAUUCGAAGGUUGCUGAAACCCUAAGAGUCUUGCGGAGGCAUUUUGCUUGCAUUCCAGAUUAUCGCUACAUGCCUGGGACUAAGAUUGGUAUACCCUGUUUAUUGAGGUUUGAGGCAGGGUUGCUUAAUCAGGUUUCGGGAUUUGAUUCACCCACAAUGAGCUCAAAUUUGGUGGACAACCUACCAGCUCUAUAUGCAAUUGUUAUUACUUUUAAGUCUACUGCAAAAUAUGGCUCUAUUCCAGCUUGUCAUGUACCCUUUCUUCUUGGCGAACCUUCAAAAACAGGGCUUGAUGUUAUUCCCAACGAGUGUGAAGUCCAGGAAAAUUCAUGCUUUCGAGCAUCAAUUAUGGUUGAACUAGAACCAAGAGAACCCAUGCCUGGACUUAUUGAUGCUGCACUAACGGCAAAUAUUGAGAAUGGUCAAAUGAUAUCUGGCUUGCUUCAAAGUAUUACAGUAGGAAUUGAGGACAUGUUUUUAAAGGCUGUUUUACCUUCUGAUGUUGCUGAUGACCAGGUUCCACAGUACUACCUUGACCUUUUUCAUGCUUUAUGGGAAGCUUGUGGAAGUUCUGCCAACACUGAGCGGGAAACUUUUACAUUGCAUGGAGGUAAAGGGGGUGUGGCAAUCUAUGGAACAAGAUCAGUGAAGCUUCUUGAUGUUUCUCCAAAUUCUCUCAUAAGUGCAACAGAACAAUAUUUGGCACCAUUUGUUGUCAGUGUUGCUGGUCAGCCACUAGUGAAUAUUGUAGGGAGUAAUGGGGUUAUCAGAAAUGUUAUAUGGGAAGAUGAUUCUGCUGUUUUUCCUGUAAAGGAGAGUAAAGCUUUGGUACAAUACUUAGAAAGUGAGCCCCUUCAACUUGAAUAUACACAAGAUGAAAUUGCAUUAUGGUAUCCUCCUGAGACUUGUAAAAGAAAUCUUGGUACGUUACUUGUUUUAAUAUUCCUGCCACCUAGGUUUCAUCUACUUUUCCAAAUGGAGGUAGGUAAAUUUUCAACAUUAGUUAGGAUCAGGACUGAUCAUUGGCCAUGCCUUGCUUAUGUUGAUGAGUACUUGGAAUCCUUGGUGACAUAGAUGGAUUUUGAGGGAAGCUUGUUUAGUCUUUUGCCACGCUGUAAUCCUAGUGCGGCUUUGCUUUCCUGGAAGCUCUUUUCCAUCCAUUGCAGAAUCUAUUCUUUUCUUAUAUACUUGUGCUUUGAGCAGCUUUUUCAUGCUCAUCAAAAGCAAUAAGUUGUGUAUAAAGUUAGAUUAUUUUUUCACAUUUAAUUUUCAUAGUUUAGCAAACUUUUUCCUUAA